CUUGUCGAUAACAGUCCAGUGUACCAAGCACUAGUGUGUGUGCGUGUGUGCAUACAACAAUGGUAGCACCACCAGGACCUGCUGUUCAGAAACUUAAUUCAGUUUUGCACAGAGAUCCCUUUUCGAGUAUCACAUAUGCCGUCUUUUGGUCGUUGGUCCUGCUAGUAGGGGCGCCGCUGGCCAUCGUUGUUCUGCAGCUACAACUCAUAGUGCGGCUCCUCUUGUGGGUGACGGGGCAGACCGGAAAAUCUCAUUACAGUCCCCGCACACAAAGUAAGCUAGAAAUGGCUGUUGUGGUGACGGGAUGUGAUACGGGCUUCGGCACAGAAAUUGCCUUUUGGGCGGCACAAGCAGGAUUUCACGUAUUUGCGGGAUGUUUGCUAAAGGAGUCCUUUGGACAGUUUGAGAACUGCCCAGCUAUAAAACCCAUACAAAUGAAUGUAUGCAAUGAUAAUGAUGUUCAAGAGGUAGUUAAGCAGGUUGUGACGUGGCUUGAUGGCGGUGGCGAGAAGAAAAAGCAACGAGUUCUGCACGCUUUGAUCAACAACGCGGGGAUAGGGGACGGUGGUCUGAUUGACUGGUUGGAUAUAUCCGUUUUCCAGCGAAAUAUGGAUGUCAACUGCUUUGGCAUGAUUCGGACUUGCAAAGCUUUCUUGUCCAUAUUCAAGCAGCAAGCAAUUGAUGGAAGUCAUCGAGGCGGCCGCAUUAUGAAUCUCACCAGUAUGGCUGGGCUCUGCCCACCAAUGGCGGCCAUGGCUGCGUAUGCCGCGUCCAAACAUGCGGCCAACGUGUUUACCCGUGGAUUGCGCAACGAGAUGGCAGGCUUUGGAGUACAAGUUUGCUCCUUAAAUCCUUCCUUCCAUAAAACGCCGUUGGUGACCGGAAUGCAAAACAACAUCACAUCUGUAUAUAAUGGGCUGUCACCAACUUUGAGAAACCAGUAUGGCAGCGACUACUUUGACACGCUGAAGAUCUCUUUGGUGGAUAUCCCACACAGCUGGAGCUGGAAUACAAAUGUGGUUGCAGAACAGGCGGUUAGCUUAUUGGAAAUCAAUCAAUUGCCGGCUGAGGUCCCUAUUGGCUUGGACGGCCGCUUCGCCCUCCUUAUUUUGCGCAUGAUUCCUGGGUGGUGUAUUGACUUGGUCAAUUACAUGUUUCUGCCUACCCCGCAGUCUAUGAGAGACCCAACAAAAAAAAAACUACAAAGUCAUCACGGAGAGAAAAUGGACUAA